CCUCAAUUCACAAACUUCUUGAAAGCUCUCUAAUAAUCUUAGCUGGCUCGGUGCAAUAGCAUCGUGCAAGCAAACGUCAUACAAGUGUCUUCUUUCUCAGCUUGUGACUGAUUAUCGAGGAUGUCUGGGUUACCACCAUUGCCCCGAGCUUCGCAGCCUCAAAUCAUCCGUGCUUACCAAAAGGAUUUGUUCUAUAAUUUCUUCCUUAGAGAAGAGUCUGAGAAUGUUCUGCGCUCGAUAUUUGGUACUCGUUGGCUUUCCAAAUGGGAUAAGGAAGUCGAACUGUUCACGAAACUCUUAUAUUAUGGGCUUACAACUUUGAGAGGGCUACAGUCCCUCGGAGAAGAAUAUGUCGACAUAAGACCUAUCAGCACGAAGAAUCGACGACUUCCGAACUUGAAGCUUCGUGCCGCAAUGCUUCUCCUUCCGACGUUGCCUUCGUAUCUCAUUUCCCGUUUCUCGAGAAACCUACCACUCGAUCCCGAAGGCAGAGUGUCAAGAUUCAUACGAGCUGUGCCUAAUUUCCUUGAGAUCCUGACAGAAAUUAAUCUCGCCACUUUCUAUUUUUCUGGAGCCUACUACAGCUUAUCGUCAAGGAUACUCAGAGUUAGACAUAUGUCAUCCGUUUCCGUCAACCCAAACUUUAAGCCACCGUCCUAUUCUUUCCUAGGGAUUCUACUGUCUAUCCGACUCCUGAACAGACUCUAUAACCUCGUUCAUCAGUACCUUCCUGCUCUUUCUACCCUAUCGGCCUCCUCUCCUUCCGAAUCUGAGCCGAAUUUAUCAACAGAAACAUACAUUGACUCAGAACCCAUCUCAUCCCUCGUGCCAACUCCAGCACAACUCGCCAAUUCCACGGAAGAUCCUUGGGGAGACCGAACUGUGCUAGAUCUUGGCACAAUAGAUCCUGAAGUGAGAGUGGGUCAGCGGAAAUGUGCGCUUUGCCUUGAAGAGCGGACUGCGAGCUCCGUGACGGAGUGCGGUCAUAUGUUCUGCUGGACGUGUGUUGUCGGAUGGGCAAGAGAAAAGGCUGAAUGUCCGCUUUGCCGACAAUCCCUAGACCUGGCACGGAUUCUGCCAGUGUAUAAUUUGUAAAAGCAUCAAUCAAACGGGCAAAUUUGAUGCUGGCUGUUAGCAUGUAGACGAAUGGCAUUAACCUGGAGUAGUUCUUGAAUAGGAAGAUGUAUAAUUGCAUUCGUAUGAGAAGGCAAGCAAAAUCAGCAUUACUCGGUUGCAACAACGAUCUGGUCACCCUCUGGUUCAGUUGCUGCGUUGGGGAUCACAUUGACGAGACAGCGCUUAAGAGUGGACGGAUCGCCACUGAAGCUCCAUUUCUUGGAGUCAUGCAGUGUGUCAUUGAACAGGAUGUCGUGGAUAAGGAUUCUACAC